AUGGAAGAGGAUGUUCCCGCCGCCGCCUCCCGCUACCAGCCGGCCAGCCCCCCGCGGGACUCCUGUGCCUACAGCAGCUGCUACUGUGAAGAAAAUGUUUGGAAGCUCUGUGAAUACAUAAAAAACCGGGACCAGUACCCUUUAGAAGAGUGCUUCGCCGUCUUCAUUUCUAACGAGAGGAAGAUGGACUACCAUGUGGUUUUGCUUCACGUCUCAAGUGAUGGACAGAGUUUCAUAUAUGAUCUUGAUACGGUCUUACCAUUUCCCUGCCCCUUUGACACUUAUGUGGAGGACGCCUUUAAGUCUGAUGAUGACAUUCACCCACAGUUCAGAAGGAAAUUUAGAGUGAUCCGGGCAGACUUGUACUUGAAGCACUUCGCGUCUGACCGUUCACACAUGAAAGAUUCCAGUGGGAAUUGGAGAGAGCCGCCCCCACCCUAUCCCUGCAUUGAAACUGGAGAUUCUAAAAUGAACCUGAAUGAUUUUAUCAGUAUGAAUCCUGCAGUGGGAUGGGGAGCUGUCUACACACUGUCAGAAUUUGUGCAUCGGUUUGGCAGUGAGCACUACUGA